AUGGCAGAUGGGCCUUCCAUUUCUCCUGCUAACAUUAGUACGCAUACUCCUGAGACCACCGGUGCUGGUGUGCCUUCAGCUGAGCGAUCCUUAUGGGCUCAACAGUUUCAGAGCUUUAUGCACCAGGCCUUCAAUCAAUUCAUGUCUUCUUCCUUAGCAGCUGGUCCCUCACAGGUUUCACCUUCUCCACCCUUGCCCGCAGACCGCACUGGACAUCCCCAGUCAGCGGGUUCAGGUAUAUCUGAGACUUCAUCUCAGUUUGGGGAGACUGAAUCUGUUGACCUGGUGACAACUGAAGGACCUAUGUCUGAGGAUGAGGAGGUAAAUCAGGAUCCAACCCCAACAUCGGGGCUUUUUGAUCCAAACCUAUUCAAAUCUCUUUUGUUAAAAGCCUGCACAACAGCCAACCUGGUCUCGGAGCAGGAACCCAAGGCAUCUACCUCGGCUGCACAAGAGUCAAACCCUUUGUUUGUUAGAAAGGUGGUAGAGGAAAAACAAGUUCCUUGUCCAGCUGUUUUCCACGAGACGGUGGAAAAAGAGUGGACCUCACUGGCCACCCUACCCUCUCCUAACAGCACAGAAAAGAGAUUGUAUAAUGUAUCUUCUGCAUUCUCUUCCCUUCUAGAGGUUCCCACAGUGGACGCUCCAUUAACAUCUUUGUUCUCCACAUCCACUGUUCCUGGAGACAUGGCCGAACAUCUCAAGGCGGAAGAUAAACGUUUUGAGUUUUCUCUCCGCAGGGCUCACCAGGCCUCUGCCUGGGCCAUCAGGGCGUCUUCGUCCUCGUCCUUUUUCGCGAGAACUUCUAUCAUGUGGCUCCGGGAACUACAGGCAUUAAUUCCUCCAGACCAGGAGGAGCUACUGUGUCGGACCUAAUGAAUGCUUCGCCUCGACAAAACUGGGAAAG